AACACCCCAAUUCCAAAUUCCUCUUCGACUUCAAAGAGAUUUCUUGUCUUUUCUCUUGGGGGAAAUUUUUGCAAAAAAAAAAAAAAAAUUCAAGCUUUGGUUCAUUUUGUUUUCAAUCAGAUCUGAUCAUGUUAAAGUUCCAAUCUUGAUUUGACACCUGGAAACAGGCCUCUGAGUUUGCAAUAAAAAAAAAUCCAUUUUUUUAAUUCCCCUCUUUUUUGGAUUGUGCAAUGGAUUUGGAUGAUUUCAGAACAGUGCUGGAAACAGCAGGCGUUGAUGUAUGGACUUUCAUUGAUACAGCGAUCCUGGUAGCUUCUUUGGAUCAUGGUGAAGAGUUGAAGCAAAGGAGAGAUGGGAUUGUUGAGAGGCUUUAUGCUACUUCCAUGGUUACCAAGUGUAAAAGCUGUGAUUUUGGUGAAAGAUCAAAUGGAUUUCAAGUAAACAGUAACAAUGAUGAAUCCAAUUCAAAUCCCCAUGAAGAAGGUAAAGCAGGAGAAAGGGUUAAAGGGUCACCUUUUUCACCUCAAUCUGAUAAUGAAGCUGAUGAUUUUGACCCUUAUGGUGGCUUGUUUGAUGAUGAACAAAAAAGGGUUAUUGGGAUUAAAGAGCGUCUUGAACUACCUAAUCAGUCAGAAGAUACCUUGGUUGAUUUGCUUCAAACUUUGGCAGAUAUGGAUAUAACAUUUCAAGCUCUCAAGGAGACUGAUAUUGGAAGACAUGUGAACAAAUUAAGGAAGCAUUCAUCCAAUGAUGUUAAGAGAUUAGUGAAACAGCUUGUCAGAAAAUGGAAAGAAAUUGUGGAUGAAUGGGUUAGGGUGAAUCAACCUGGAGAGCCUGAACCAGCUGCACUUAUGGAUGGAGAUUCACCACAGCGAAAGCUUCCUCAAAAUGGUCGUCAACAGGUUCCCGAUUUCACUUACUCUCCGAAUCCGCACAAUGGUGGUUCUGGUUCGGAAAAGAAUUAUUCAGAGCCUGAAAGGAAGCCGAAGCCAAAGCCAAUCUCUUCUCAACGAAAGGAUCCUCCUCUGAGACCUAGUCACUUGACUCCUCCACAAAAUGUACAGAGGCAGAGAGAUCAAAAGGAAAACAAUUUUGACUCGGAAAGGUUGGCUUCGGCUAGAAAAAGGCUUCAAGAAAGCUACAAAGAAGCCGAAAACGCCAAAAAGCAAAGAACCAUACAAGUGAUGGACAUUCACGAGCUACCGAAACCCAAGAAUGCCUUCUAUGCGAAGAACAAGGGAGGCGGUUCUCAAGGGAGACACUGGUGAUUUCGGUGAAUGAGUUCGGCUUAAAGGCAUCCCGGUCUUAGGUUUUUCGUUUCUAGUUUCCCGUUGCGAUCAUCGUAUUCGAUAGUACUUUUCCCCACUGUCAUAGGUUAUCUUUCCAUGUUCUCUCAUCGAGAUGUACCAAAUCAUUUAUCAAUUGUUUGACACUUUCGAGAGCCAUGGACAUCAAUAACCAUUAAAUUCGGGGAUGCUCCAUGAUUCUUCUUUU